AUGUCAUCGAAGACAAAUUCGGCUCCAUUGAAAUUUACCGGAAAAGCUUCUGAAUCUGAAGACGAAGACGAAGAAGUCACAACGAAAACUACGUCUUUGAAUCCUAGUACAUGCUUACAAAAGAAUAUCGCGGGUAAAUUAUCCUCGAAAUUCAUGGCGAAAGUUUUCAUCAAGGAGAAAAACAAUCAACGAUUGGAUAAUUUACAUAAAUUAGUGUGUAACUAUUCAAGUAAAAAAGACGCGGACAAAUUGAUUAAGGCUAUUAUAAAGACAAGUGUGAAGAGCAGCAUUUUAUAUCGAAGUGAAUUAUUCAAUGAAGACGAACUUCAAUUAAUUAAAGAAUUUCAGAAUCAAUUCCGUUUGUUCGCUGAAUCUUCUACAAAAUUAUACCAAACUAAUUCGAAAGAUGAACAAUCAGUAUUGAUCCGGGUGUUGAAAGAGUGUCAGAAUUUAUCUCAUAAGAUUAUUUCGACGCAUUUGGCGAACAAAUAUCAUGCGAAGAUCGAUUUCAUUUUCGAUUCCGUGUCAAAUUUACAAUUCAUUGAACAGAUAUUUGAUCCAUUAUCAAAAGCAAAUCGUUUAAUUAUGAAGGAAGUUGUCGACGACCUAAAUUCACAAUUCUUGGCAGAUAACAGCUUUUGA